UGCCAAAGUGAUGGCGAUAAGAGACCAUUCAUUGAAGAGGCAAAGCGUUUGAGAGCCAUGCAUAUGAAAGAACAUCCCGACUAUAAAUACAAACCCCGACGCAAACCAAAGCAUCUCAUGAAAAAAGACAGAUACCCGUUUCCGAUGCCUUACAUACAGGCGCCUAUGGAUUACCUGGGCUUUCACGCGGCGGCCGCAUCACACGCUCGAUCUCUCUUCCCACCGCUCACCCCAUCAUUAGGUCUCAAUCCGUUUAAUGACACUUAUUUCCCAUCGAUUGAGACGAGUCGAGCCCACGGCCACGAACAUAGCCUAUUAGACCAGGCAUUGAUGGCCUCUCAGCACCACAACCAUCACUCGAUCGGUGAGACCAAACUUGGCUUAAGCGGUGGCUUUGACGUGAAGAGUCUGUUGCUGGCCGGCGGACACAACCACUGUCAGAGCAAUGCGAGCGCCAACCAUAGCAUGUCGUGCACUUCGCCAUACAUUCCGUGCGGCUGUGGCUUUCACACACCCGCACCCACACCCGCAAUAGGUCUGCAAUCGUUUGGAUCGCUCGCACAGACGACGAGCGCCGCGUCGACCAUACCGUCGACCUCGCAAUCAAAUAGUCUUAGUCUUCACCGAUCCCUCACUAAACUCCAUCACUCCUCCAAUCAAAGAGUCGAUGAGCGCAAUAAAUCUCACUCCGAGUCUCCGUCACCCCUGGGUUUCCGUAUAAACCAUCCGACGACCGCUUUGAGCAACAAUUCUUCCGCGUCGUCGAGU